ACAAUGCGCAUAGAGCGUCAGCUCUAGUUGCCCAGCCACAGAGAAAGAAAGAGGAGGCGCACAGUUUGCUAUUGAUAGAGUACUUCAGCAAUCUUAUAAUUUUUUUUACGAUUAUUCUAGUUUAAAUUGACAAAUCAACUACGCGCCUGGGCCCGUCUAUAGGCACAGUUUACCCCCGCUCUGGCACAUUUGCAACCCGAAAUGAGCGGCAGCGGGCGGCCCAGGACUAGCUCGUUUGCUGAGCCUCCGGGGGUCCCGGGAGCCGCUGCAGCCGCCGCCGGAUCAGCCGUCGCCGGUGGAAGCUCUUCAGGAAAGACGGGGGGUGCGCAGGCCUCAGGCGGGAGUUCGUCUGCUUUCGGAAACCUAAAGCUGGGAAGGGAUAGUGGGAAGGUGACAACGGUAGUAGCCACACCAGGGCAGGGUCCCGACCGUCCUCAGGAGGUCUCGUACACAGACAUUAAGGUGAUCGGGAAUGGCUCGUUUGGAGUGGUGUACCAGGCUCGACUCAUCGACAGCCAGGAGAUGGUGGCCAUAAAGAAGGUGCUUCAGGAUAAGAGGUUUAAGAACCGUGAGCUACAGAUAAUGAGGAAGUUGGACCACUGUAAUAUUGUCAGGCUACGCUACUUCUUCUACUCCAGCGGAGAAAAGAAAGAUGAAGUGUAUCUAAAUCUGGUGCUUGAUUUUGUACCAGAAACUGUGUACAGGGUGGCACGCCACUUCAACAAGUCCAAGACCAUUAUCCCCAUUAUCUAUGUCAAAGUGUAUAUGUAUCAGUUAUUUCGCAGUCUGGCAUAUAUUCAUUCCCAAGGCGUCUGCCAUAGAGACAUAAAGCCACAGAAUCUCCUGGUGGACCCAGACACAGCGGUACUCAAGCUGUGUGACUUUGGCAGUGCAAAACAGUUAAUUCGUGGGGAGCCCAAUGUCUCAUACAUCUGUUCGAGGUAUUACCGCGCUCCCGAGCUUAUAUUCGGAGCCACGGAUUACACAUCCAACAUUGAUAUCUGGUCAGCUGGCUGUGUAUUAGCAGAGCUGCUUCUGGGACAGCCCAUAUUCCCCGGUGACAGUGGAGUGGACCAGCUAGUGGAGAUCAUCAAGGUUUUGGGGACCCCAACAAGAGAACAGAUCCGAGAGAUGAACCCCAACUACACAGAGUUCAAAUUCCCACAAAUCAAAGCACACCCUUGGACAAAGGUGUUUAAGCCGAGGACCCCUCCUGAAGCCAUCUCAUUGUGUUCUCGUCUGUUGGAGUACACACCGGUGACGCGGCUCUCUCCGCUGGAGGCCUGUGCACAUGCCUUCUUUGACGAGCUGCGCCAGCCCAAUGCCCGUCUGCCUAAUGGCCGAGAACUUCCCCAACUCUUCAACUUCAGCCCUGUGGAGCUGUCUAUCCAACCACAGUUGAACUCCAUUCUCAUUCCUCCCCAUGCUCGCUCGCAGACGACACCUGCCUCACACGAGGGCAGCGGUUCAGACGGUCCAGUCCAGUCUAGCUCCGCACCGGGACCCCUGAGCAACAACACCUAAUUGUUACCUUGGCAUUACUGCGACUUUGUCAGCCCUCUCUCCUCAUCCCUUCUUUCUCAUUCCUCUCUCCUUCCCAAAAGCAGCUCCAAACAGUCUCUCUCACAAACACGCUCUUGUCAUCUCGUGUUAUGUGUGGUCAUGUUCUCCCAUGAUGGAAGAAGUGUGUGAUGCCCAGAUUAAUUACAUCAAUCAUCACAGGAGGAGAUAAUGAGGGUGAUUUAGUUUUUUUUUUAUAUGAUGACUGUCAUAUUUAGGUUUAAAGUCUGUGAAGGGCCGCUUAGGGCACACGUGGCCCCUAGUGGCAGGAAGAGCACCGCACAGUUACUGCUCUCUGCCUCUGGUGCCACCCAUUUGACCUUUAAACAAGGAUAUGAGAUGUCAAGCUCAUUUAAAUGUCAUUUUGUUCUUAACGUAAUACAUUUUAGCUUUCUUUAGGAGUUCUUGUGCAGAAGCAAGGACUGCGAUGUGUUUUAUGAAGCAGCGAGCGUGAGAUGUCACUGUUUGUGCGUCGAGAUGUGCUUUUUCUCCUAACGGAGAUGAAAAUGGGUGUCUUAAAAUGUGCGAAUGUCAAUUUUAAGUGAUCACUGCACACUCUUGUGUUUUAAUUUCUUUUACGGAGAAUAUUUAGAUAUUUGGAGAAGUUGAGGCAGGGUUUAUCUGGGUCUUUUGUACGUUUCAUUAUAAAAACGUGCUCACUAUUGUUUGUUUUUGUGCAUGCACACACAUAACUGGUAGGUCAGUCCCAUCAAUAGCUGUGUUAGCUGUUUUAAUUGAUUACAGUUAUGUAUUACAGAGUGUACGCCGUGUGUGUGUGUUUAUAUACAUCGGCAUUGCCAUUUAAAUGUGGAUUUAGUGGAUGCACAUCCAAAAGACACAUUGAUACAUUAGCCCACACACACACACACCUUGAACACUUAGCAAAUGAGACUGGAGCUGUUUGUCUUUCCCUUCUUCCAUCCUUCCAUCCUUCCUAUUUCCUCCUCUCUCAUUGCUAAUAUGUAAAUGCCAUGAUCCUUUUAUUUUGUUAUUGUUAUUCUGUUGUCCUUGUAAUUAGAUCUCUCGAUCUCUUUCUCUCUCUCUCGCCACUCCCUCUUUCCAUCCUCCUAUCCCAUCAAAACACAACUGUAUAUAACAUUUCAUCCAACCUCAUCCUGCAUCCGGGGAGAAAGACGAAACUGAACAAAAUUGAGUUUUUACCUGAUCUCUCUGUCUCUUACUCUCUCUCUCUCUCGUCGUCCGCCCGCUCACCCUCCUGCCUGCCCGCCCUUCCCCCUCCUCAUCAGUGUUAAUUCUGAUCCUUUUAUUUAUUGUAUUGCUGUCUGAUUCUGGUUUUAACAAUCUGAUGGGGGAGGGGUUUGUGUGUGCGAUGAUGUCAUUUGGUGUAACGUUCAUAUCUCAACUCUGGAAUAUCGUCUGACGGAAUGUUCUGGAGAGGGCAGGUGCACACUACCACACACAGGCUGCUCGGCCCAUCAGUCAAAAGAUGAACGGUUAAAGGGAGAGAGAGGGAGAGAUAAACUGUUUUUGUUUGUUGGUAUAAAUAAUAAACUCAAUAUUAAAGUUAGAAAA